AUGAAGUUCAGAGUUGUUUGCAGGAAGUUGUAUGAUUAUGUGAGGUAUGAUCUUAAAGAGAUCGCCUUCCCAUCUUCUCUGCCAGACCCUCCGGGCACCAAGAGGCGUCCUAAGCUCACGCUGAAAGAGAAAUGGUGCAUCCUCAAGGAGGCAACCAGGCUCUACGGGGCUUCCUGGGUCAGGGACAUCGGUCCCGAGCUCAGGCCAAAUGAUUACAAGAAGGUCAAAGAGGAGUCUGACCAUAACAGCAGCAAGGCCAAGGAGGGGAAAACUACGAGCGAGCCUAGUCUGCUUGAGGAUCUCGCAGUGGCAGCAAAGGGCGGGGCGGAGACGCUGAAGCCUGCGCUGCGGCGCAUAUACAUGACCCGCGCGUCUACCUACACGAGUGCGGUGAAGAACUAUGUGGAGACCUAUCAGGAAGGGCUGAAGGAUGUCUUGGAUGAGAAAGUUGCUGGGAAGGAUCACCAGCAAGGCAAUGAGCCAAGGGGACCAUCGACGCCGCCUCCAUCACCGCCCCCGCCAUCAUCGUCAUGA